AGGAUAUAAACAAUGCCUCAUAUUCGCCUAACAAAUGCAUUUCAAAGGCGAUGGGCAUAUGUUCCAAACAAUACAAAUCCCUUCAAAGAAAAGAACCUCCUAAGCGUUGAAGGGCUUUCUCCAAACGAAUCUAUUUAUUAUUUAUUAUUUAUUUUUUAAAACACAUAAAUUCUGAUUUUAACUCGCAAACACCUGUCUGUACCAUUCUCUACCUUCAUUUGCCUUAACCUCCCAUGUCUGGUUCUUCUAUAGAAAACACAACUCAGAUAUAAUCUGUGUUCUUUCGAUUCGAUCUUUGUCUACUGGGUUUGGUGCCAUGGCUUGUGUUGCAGAAUACCCAUUACAUAUUGCAGAUGAACGCCCCAGAAAACGUAGAAAGUUAACUUCACUGUGGGAUGUUCUUCCUUUCAAUAAUCAGGCCCAGCAAACACUAGUAUUUAGUGGGCAAGGUGUAUUGGCCCAUAAAACUGCAUCCCCUCCAUGGCGUGACGAUGACAAAGAUGGGCAUUACAUGUUUGAACUUGGAGAUAAUUUAACGCCUCGCUACAAGAUACUCAGCAAAAUGGGGGAAGGGACUUUUGGUCAAGUGGUGGAAUGUUGGGAUCGACAAGCAAGAGAAUUUGUAGCUGUCAAGAUUGUCCGUGGGUUGCAAAAAUACAGAGAAGCCGCAAUGAUUGAAGUUGAUGUGCUUGGUGAGGUUGGCAGGAGCGAUAAAAAGGGCACCCGUUGUGUGCAGAUGCGGAACUGGUUUGAUUACCGGAAUCACAUUUGUAUUGUCUUUGAGAAGCUUGGACCGAGCUUAUACGAUUUUCUACGCAAAAACAAUUAUUGCCCGUUUCCCAUUGAUCUAGUACGGGAGAUCGGAAGACAACUUUUGGAAUCUGUAGCAUAUAUGCACGAACUGCAUCUAAUUCAUACUGAUCUGAAACCAGAAAAUGUUCUUUUUGUGUCCUCAGAAUAUGUUAAGUUGCCUUUACAAGAUAAAGAAGGCAUGAGGUUGCCAAAGUCCAGUGCAAUUAAACUGAUUGAUUUUGGAAGUACUACAUUUGAAAAUCAAAAUCAUAGCUCUGUUGUAUCGACAAGACACUAUCGAGCUCCCGAAGUUAUUCUCGGUCUUGGAUGGAGCUAUCCUUGUGAUAUUUGGAGUGUUGGAUGCAUACUAGUGGAACUGUGCACGGGAGAAACCCUUUUUCAAACACAUGAAAACCUAGAGCAUCUUGCUAUGAUGGAAAGAGUCUUUGGGCCAUUGCCUCAACAUAUGAUCAAGAACGGAGAUCGAAAAUCUGUAAAAUAUUUUAGACAUGGAUCAAGAUUGGAUUGGCCUGAAGGAGCAGCAUCAAGAGAGAGUAUCAGAGCAGUUAGGAGGUUGCUGCAAUUUAAGAAUUUAAUACUGGCACAUGUAGACCACUCUGCUGGUGCUUUUAUAGAUUUGUUGCAAGGUCUUCUCAGAUAUGAACCCUCACAACGAUUUGAAGCUCGUGAAGCAUUAAGCCAUCCAUUUUUUCGGGAAGGGCCCAGAAGAUUCUAGUUAAAUUUACAAUAAAAGUCACUAGUCUUAUUUGGGCUAAUUUUAUACCGAAAUCUGUUACCGAGGUGCAAAUCCAUAAAUCCACUCGAUAAUAUCUAUCGAAUUGUUUUGCUAUGAGAUGGCACUGUGUGUUUGUUAGGCAGUGUUAACAUUGCUGGUUGAUGUACUAUCACAAAAGUUGUAUAUGGUAUGUGCAGAAGUUUGACAAUUUUCAGAUUUAUAAUCUUAUACGUUAGGGCCAAAGUUGGCUUCAAUUUUUAAGA